AGGUUUUUUUUUUUCCAGUUUACUAUGACCUGGAUGACUGAGAAUCUGCACAGACUUCUCCAAUUGAGACAUUUUAUAUUCAAAUGAGAUCUGAAUUCAAGGUUAUUUGAAUCUUAAUGUUUUCCUGGCUGGGGUUUCCCCUUUUUGAGACUGGAUGUACUUUAAACCACUACAGACUUGAUGUUUAGACCUGUCAGUUUUCAAAAUUGAAAAGCCAAUUUUCAAUACUAAAGGGAACGAAAUGUAAAUGUAGUAAAUAGCACUAUAGAAAAGCUGCAUUAUAUGCAUCUACAGAUGACAAUUCAUGUUUUAAUUCAGUAGUUUACAGAAUAUAAUUAUCUUUCUCUUUUCUGUGGAGCUGUUGCUGCAGUUGUAUCACAGAUUUACCUUUAUAUAUUGUAAGGAUUACUGGUUUUAACUGAGGCUGUGCAGCAUUAAAACUGCAGCUUGAAAUUUACUGUGAAAACUCCACCAUUCUUUAAAUGAUUUGAUGGACUUCCAGUAACGCUCAUGUUGAGUUUAUGGGCCUAUAUGUGGUGGAUGAACGUGAAGAAGUAUAUCGUGUCCUUGAACCGCAUGUAGUUUCAAAGCUGGUGGGGGUUGACUGUCGAAAGAACAAAAAUACCCUUGAGCUCUGUGCAAAAGGCACCUUUAUUCUGAAAAUUGUCCCGGAAGUCGGGCUGAUUGAGCUGGGUUCUGGGAACGCAGAGGAAACGUCAACUAUGGCUGAGACCCACAGCUUACAGGACCUCCAACAGCCUGCGGUCUCCUCCAAGGUGUUUCUCCAGAGAGACUACAGUUCAGGAACCAUUUGCAAGUUCCAGACCAAGUUCCCCUCUGAACUUGAGUCAAAGCUUGAUAAGCAGCAGUUUGAGGAGACCAUCCAGACUCUGAACAAUUUGUAUGCUGAGGCAGAGAAAGUUGGAGGAAAGUCUUACUUGGAAGGCUGCCUGGCUUGUCUAACUGCUUAUACAAUCUUUCUCUGUAUGGAGACACAGUAUGAAAAGGUGUUAAAGAAGAUUGCCCGAUACAUUAAAGACCAGAAUGAGAAGAUAUAUGCUCCCAGGGGCCUGCUGCUGACUGACCCCAUAGAAAGAGGCCUCAGAGUUGUUGAAAUCACCAUAUUUGAAGACAGAAGUAUUGGAUCUGGAAGAUAAAGAAACUUGGGGUAUGCCACUCAGAUGCACAUUUAGUGAAGAGUCAGCAUCACUGGAAACAUUCUAGGAGCUUCAAUGUGACAUUCUUGCUCUUAAAAUGAUAAAUCAGAAUUUUGUGAUUUUCCCAAACUCAGGCAUAAUACUUGUCUUUUAGCUGUAGUCAAACUCAUCUCUGACCAUGUAAUUCCAUCAAUUCAUGAUUACUGAAAAUUACUUACCUGGACAUAAAUUUUGCCUGAACACUACAAACAUAACUGGCUUUAAACCUUGUUUUUAUGAUUUGUCCAUUUUCUCUCAAGUCUUUGUAUAGGCUGAUAACUCGCAUACCAUCUGUCUGGCAGAACAUAUUCAGAUGUCUGCUUCAUCUGAGGGGAUGUAUAUAUUUGAUCUGAUUAUUUUCUGUUAUUUAUAAGUCUUCUACUGUCUGUUUUUAUGUUUUAAAAUGUGUUUUCAUGUCUUUUUAUACAUGAAGUGAUGUACAGUCCAGGCUGUAGGUAUUUGGACAGUUAACUCUUUUCUUCUUCAGGCACUGCGCUUCAGCUCAAUUUGAAAUAAUGUGGUCAUCUCUACAUUAAAGUGCUAAGUCCCAGAUUUAAUUUGAAUAGAUUUACAUUAAUUGAUUUAGAAAGGUGUGUGUGUGUGUGUGAGAGAGAGAGAGCAACAAAAAUGCAUAAAUGACUUGCAGUUGAUUGAGAGUUACCACCUGUAAUAUAUCCAACGAGCUGGUAAACUGGAGAGCCCAAGUCUAGAAGGUGACCAGGAAAAGCAUUCGCAUUGUGAAGAAUAGCUCUUUAUGACUGCAUGUCAAGUCAAGAGUGCUUUCUAGGAUGUAGGUGUGCACGUUUUCUCAUCAGUGAUCAAAAGAUGACUUCAUGGCCACAACCUGAUAGGAUUCACCACAAGAUGCAGGAUGCACAUUGGCCUUUUUGUUGAUUUUACUGUAGCAACAUGACUACAGUGGUACACAGGAGCAUUCAGUGGCGCUUGGAUCCAGAACAUAUGGCCACUGCAACCUAAAAGCAGGGCAUAGGUUUACAUCUUUGAGCAGAUGCAUAUCUACUCUUCCCACUUGAAUGGAAUAUACAUUAUUUUAUUUCAAAUUGAAUGUGAGAGCCUGGUGUCCUAGUUGAUCAAGACUGGCCUUUAUGAAUAGUGCCAUUGUGUUAAGUGUCACUUCUUAAUCAUGAGUAUUUAGACUUGUAAGUCAAAUGUGCUUUCACCAAAAAUUGUCAUAGAUAUAAAAUAGAUUGUGGCUAAGUGUUUGGCGUAGUCUUUAAACAGUGAUUGUUAGGGAUAGUGCUCCACAGUAUUAACAUGCCAGCUGUAGCCUUUGUCAAGGCAAAUUUUUUCUUAUCUGUGCAUGAAUUUGACAUUGGGGGCGGGGGGCUGCUGUGUGAAACAAACAUUGGAAGUUCUGAACUGGAGACUUCACAGAUGGAGCCUGUUUAAAUGUAAUAGGUCUGUCACUAAAUAAUAACACGACAGAGGGCAUUUUGAGAAGUGUCAGUCUAGUGCAACUGCUUUAAAUCUCCCUAACCAUAUUCAACAGUCCUGCUAUGUUUGUCAUCAGAUUUAUUGCCUGUAUUGCAAAUGAUGUCCAUCUUUUUAUCACCACAAAAACCUUAAACACUCUAAACAGAUGUUUACUGUAGUUGGUGUUUGAUACAGCUAGCCUACCUUUUAAAAAAAUAAUGUUCUAUUUAAAUAAAUAGUCUUUUCUUAAAAUCUGCA